AUAAACAAGACGUCUCUCAUCCAUCCAACUGCUGCUGACGGCCACUCGGACAUGUGGAUUGUGCUGUGUUAGGCUGCACCGCGAAGCAACGAUCCCCCUCGCCGACGAACAUGUCUGCUUCUAUUGCUUCUACGACGACAUGAUUACGAUUCUUGCGAGGUCCAUCUUACCGUCCCGCUCUCCUCCGGCAUUGACGAAGGAUACGAUUGCAUGAUUUUCCUCGCGACAUUGGCAUAGCAAUUGCAUACGUUGGCUGGACACGAAAGACACCUCCUCCUGCCCACCUCCUCACCCCCCUCAAACCUCCACUAUGGCAGCCGCAAUCACCGCAGGUCACGCCGACCCAGAAACGCUCUACACCAAGCAAGCAUGCAUAGGAGGAGGCAGUUUCGGCAAAGUGUACAAAGGCGUGGACAAGCGAACAGGGCAAUCGGUCGCCAUCAAGAUCAUCGACGUGGAGAAUGCAGACGACGAGGUGGACGACAUCAUCCAGGAAAUCUCCAUCCUCUCGGGCCUCAGCUCGCCGUACGUCACGAGAUACUUUGGCUCCUACCUCAAGGGCUCCGACUUGUGGAUUAUCAUGGAGUUCUGCUCGGGCGGGAGUUGUGGGGACAUGUUGAAGCCGGGCCUCAUUCCUGAGGAUUACAUUUGCAUCAUUGUGCGAGAAUUGUUGUUGGGGUUGGAGUAUCUGCAUGCGGAUGGGAAGCUGCAUCGCGAUAUCAAGGCGGCGAACAUUCUCCUGGGCUCAAACGGACAGGUGAAACUGGCUGAUUUCGGAGUCUCUGGACAGCUGACGGCUACCAUGACGAAGAAGAACACGUUCGUGGGCACGCCCUUCUGGAUGGCACCCGAGGUCAUUAAGCAAUCGGGCUAUGAUCACAAGGCGGAUAUCUGGUCUCUAGGCAUCACUGCUCUGGAACUGGCGCUAGGAGAGCCGCCAUACAGCGACAUUCACCCCAUGAAGGUCCUCUUCCUUAUUCCGAAGAACCCUGCGCCCAUGCUGGAAGGCAAUUUCAGCAAAGACUUCAAAGACUUCGUGCACCGAUGUCUCCGAAAGGAACCAAAGGAGAGACCGAGCGCGCGUGAGCUGCUCAAGCACCCCUGGGUGCGAAAGGCGAAACGAACGACAUAUCUGACGGAGCUUAUUGAGCGACACGAGCGAUGGCAAGCAACGCAUGGCCAUGAGGGAGACUCGGAAGACGAAGACAUGCGAGAAGCGUCGUCUUCCCCUCGAGAUGGCGACGAGGAAGACCUGUGGGAUUUUGGCACAGUACGUCCUGUUGGAGGGAGACGUGGCAAUGGCGCUGUCGGCCUGCGAGCGAUGAAUGAAGCCGGCAUGAACGCGCGCAGCUCGCAAGCCCCCACAUCUCCGACCAAACGCUCAGUCUCGAACAAGGAGAAUGCAUUCUCCGGCGGUGUGAACGAAGAUCUGGAACGAGGGACGAUCAAGAGCUCGCUGAUGCCACCGCCUCCCCUGCCAAAGACCCCAUCUCCCACCAAAUCCGCUCCACCACUCCAAUCCCCAACCGCAGCAGCGCAAAUUCCACUCCCUCCCACUCCAUCCCGAAAACCACUGCCUUCCCUCGCUGCGACAGCACAAACCCCGCCGUCAACACGCCCUCAACAAAACCCGCACCCGCAAUCUCCCAAACCCCCAGAGACGCCUCAGACCCCACGCCUCCUCAACGACGACUUUAUCCAACAAUCCAUCGCGAGCGACAUGUCUCGCUACAUGAAAGGCUUGGCAAUCCACGAUAAGGCAGACCCCAGUCCUAUCGCCGCGUCGAGACUACACGAUACCGCUGCACCUGACCUCCCCCCUGCCUCCCACGUGGGCCUAGACCGCGCGCCUCCCACGACAACGCCAGGCUCCACUGUGGAGACGACGCCUCAACUGGCGCCCCCGGUCACGACACACUCCACCCGUCAUCAGAGUGGGGUGGUUGAUAGUGGCGUCGCCGACUCGGCUAGAACUGCAGAUUCCAGACUCCCGCCGCACUCCACGUCGUCGUCGUCGUCGUCGUCGGCGUCAAGCACCACUAGCACCCAACAACAGUCCUCGGCGACGACAACAGACCAGCAGCAGCAGCCCGCCACAGCCCUCAACUCCGUCGUCCUGCCCGCCCUCGAAGCAGCCCUCCACCGCCGCAGCUACAACCUCUCCCUCCUCAGCAAGCAAAUCGCCGCUACCGCAGCCACGAAUCCCACCUCCGAACAGCAACAACACGACCUCCUCCUCAAGCGCCAAGCCCACGAGCAAAUCCGCAAGUGCAUGGCCAAAGUGUCGCGCUUGUUCCGCGAAAUCGACCACUGGGACGGCGUGGCGCCGGUGAGGAUGGGCGAGGGCGUGGAGGGGGUGCUGGAGGGGUUUCUGGAGGAGAUCUUGUGCAGGGUUGAGGCGGAGGAUGCUUGAGGGCGACACUCGCGUCUUUUGUCACGUGUAGUUGUACUUGAUAUAGCAGAUUGAGAGGAGAGGGACGAGACCGUAGUCGGUUUACGCCUUAGUAGUUGACAGGUUUCGAUGCUGCCUGAAUGCAACAUUU